GCGAAGAGAGAGCACGUAGCUCUCUGAUUCAUCCUUCAUUCGCUUGAAAUUCAUAACGCAAGAAAGUGAUUACACUUUCUCUCUCUUCCCCUCUUCCCCUCCCCUGGUUUUCUGGGUGUUUGAUGAUCGUUGCGCGUUAGAAGAGCAAUGAGCAAUUCUGCAGCCGGACUCGGAAAGCCUAGCUCAGGUAAGAGGAGAAUAAGGGAUCUUUUAAGUCAACCCGAUAACCGAGUCUGUGCUGAUUGUGGUGCUCCUGAUCCUAAGUGGGCGUCAGCAAAUAUUGGAGUGUUUAUUUGCUUGAAAUGUUGCGGUGUGCACAGAAGCCUUGGCACUCAUAUCUCAAAGGUUCUGUCUGUGACAUUGGAUGAAUGGUCAGACGAGGAAGUUGAUUCCAUGAUUGAAGUUGGAGGCAAUGCCUCCGCCAAUUCAAUCUACGAGGCUUUUAUACCUGAGGGGUGCUCGAAGCCUAGACCCGAUGCCAGUCAUGACCAGCGUAUGAGAUUUAUAAGGUCAAAGUAUGAGCUCCAAGAGUUUCUGAAACCAAGCUUGCGGAUUACAUCCGGGAAAACCUCUAUAAAGAGUUCAGCAUCUCUGACAUCAAGUCUUUCUAGGAAGAUCAUGGAUAGCUUUCGUACUAAUUCAUCACAUCAGACGCAGGAAGGCAUGGUAGAGUUUAUUGGAAUGUUGAAGGUCAUAAUUAAAAAGGGCACCAAUUUGGCCAUUAGAGACAUGAUGUCAAGUGAUCCCUAUGUUGUAUUGACUCUAGGGCAGCAGACUGUUCAGACUGUGGUUAUGAAGAGCAACUUGAAUCCCGUAUGGAACCAGGAACUCAUGCUGUCUGUUCCUCAAAACUACGGCCCCGUGAAGUUGCAAGUGUAUGAUUAUGACACAUUUUCGGCGGAUGACAUAAUGGGAGAAGCAGAGAUUGAUAUCCAACCGCUGAUAACAUCGGCAAUGGCCUUUGGGGACCCGGAAAUGUUUGGGGAUAUGCAGAUAGGGAAAUGGCUGCAAUCACACGACAAUGCACUGAUAGAGGACAGUAUCAUCAACAUUGUGGAUGGGAAAGUGAGACAGGAAGUUCAGAUCAAGCUUCAGAAUGUUGAAUCUGGAGAGUUAGAACUAGAACUUGAAUGGCUUCCCCUUGACCAAUAGGCUACAUGUCCAUGCAUACCAAGAACCGCCAAAAAAUAGUUCUUUAUAUAUAUAUAUAUAUUGUAUUCAUUCAUUUUUACCUUUUCUUUUUAAAUUGGGUUAACUUAUUCUUGCUUUUUGGAAUUUGAAGUUUUGGAUCUUUGAUCUUCAGCUCCAACUGACAGGAAGUCUAUUUGGUAUUUGUUGUAAUGCUCUUUUGAUAGAGAGAGCUUGUAACUCAACGAGUAUUAUAAUAUUAUAUCA